AUGUGCGAGAUAGGUCUGCUUGUAGAUGGGUCUCAUCCCGAUAUACUUGCAUUCACUGAAACGUGGCUGUCUCAAGACAUCACGGACGGUGAAGUACAUCUGCCUGGCUACGCACUAUUUAGAUGUGAUCGCUUCGUUGGCCGACAAGGCGGGGGCGUUGCGCUUUACGUUAGGUGUGAACUUGACGUUUCACGCACCUACAUGUUUCAGACGGCAGAUAAAACUGUCGAAGCGCUGUCGGUAGUGAUUAACACUUCCUCAGCUCAACUUACAGUCGUACUUGUGUAUAGAAGCCCUGGAAGUGCGUCCAAAGAGGUGCUUGACUUUAUUCGCUCCCAAUCCGCAAACAGGUGUUUGAUACUGGGGGAUUUCAACCUACCAGAAGUUUGCUGGGCGGAUCUUUCUUGCAACUCGGCAGAAGGUACUUUCGGGGCAGAUCUACUUGAGCUUACGCUACAAGUACCAUUGUAUCAGUUCGUGGACCUCCCCACUAGGUACAUGGACGCCCAACUCCCGUCUAUUUUGGAUCUAGUGUUUGCCAAGUCACUAGACUUCGUAGGGGACAUCACUUACGGCUCUCCCUUAGGUGCUAGUGAUCAUGUUUGUUUAUCGUUCAGGUGUAGUCUGACCAGGCGUCACCAGAGCAUUGCUAAGCCAUUUCCAAACAUAUGGCGUGCUAACUAUCAGGCAAUGCGUACCAAGGCUGCUGGGAUGCGUUGUGAAAUCUCGGUGGUUGAUACGGUUCAGGCGGCCUGGGAUAAAUUUAAAUCUUAUCUCACGGAAGUGUCUACUACCUACAUCCCGCUUGCGAGGAGAAAGGAGACACGGACGCGGCCGCCGUGGAUAGAUACCACUGGCAAGCACCUGCUCCAGAAGCGUUCUAGGUGCUGGAGGACCUACCGUGCGGCUCCAUCAACUAGCACCUAUGCUAGGUACCGCGAGGCUAGAAAUAGGU